AUGCUGAGUGCAGAUAAAGAAUAUGUUAUGAAUGUCAUUAUUGAGAGAUACAAAGGGGAGAAGCAGCUACCUGUUUUGGAUAAGACCAAAUUUCUAGUUCCUGAUCAUGUCAAUAUGAGUGAAUUGGUAAAAAUAAUACGGCGCCGGCUACAGCUGAAUCCAACCCAGGCUUUCUUCCUAUUGGUGAACCAGCACAGCAUGGUGAGCGUUUCUACCCCAAUCUGUGAGAUCUAUGAGCAAGAGAAGGAUGAAGAUGGCUUCCUCUACAUGGUCUAUGCCUCACAGGAAACCUUUGGGUAUUGAGUGUCACCACCACCAGAGGACUAAUUCCAAACUGUUGCAGCAACAUCUCUGCCUCCUCACUGCACCCCACCUUGGCAAACCCUGUGCAGAGAGAAGCUUUGGGUCCAGGAGCAGCCCUGGAAGCAACCUUGUUCCUCCAAUUUCGUAGCGCAUCAGACCAAGAUAAUUCAGUGUGUAGGUGUGUGAGAGAUCCAUAAAUCUCUGUUUGCAUUGCCUCUUGUCUUUUAUGAUUGCUAUACAUUGUCUCCCAUCUUGUUCACGCAGGUGUGUUUGCUCUCUCAUAUUAUGUCUUCUUUCUUACUCCAAUGCCAAAUUGAUGGAGCCCAUGGCAGUCUGGCAAAUAAACUGUUUUCCUCACUUUUUAAAGCAAGGGAUGUAUUUGUCUCCUAUUAAAGGGCAGAAAAAUCAAAAAUAAAUCACUAUUAACUUUUAUUGGGGUUUUAUUGGAGUUUUUAGUUAUUGAUUCUUGGUGCUACACAAUAGAUGUAGGCAUCUUUUCCAGUAUUUUCCAAAAAAAAAAAAAAACCUUUUAAGUUUAUUAUCUUGAAGCACGAGGGGAGUUAUAAUUUGCUUGUAUGAUGUAGCCUUUUUAAAAAAGAUCUUAUGCUUUUUUGCACUUUAAAAUGUUGUAAAAGUGAGAAUGAAAGUAGCUUAAUUUCACAAAGGUGUCGUAUUCUGUGCUGUUUCUGACAAUGUUUCUAUUUGCCUUUUAUAAGGUUUAUUUUUCAAAAGCCAGUCUUU